AUGUUGGCUUCCACCAAGAACUCGUUGCUCUUCUUUCUCCACCGCUCCAAACCCCAAACGCACUGCGUCCUCCUCCGCCGCCUCGCCACCGUCAAUGCCGCUCCACAAAACCGCGUCGUCCCCACCAAGGACGACUACUUCUCAGCCAUUCAACACAUUACCAACAUCGUACGGCGCGACCACUUCAUGGAGCGCACACUCAACAAGCUUCGCAUUACCGUCGAUUCCGAACUCGUCUACCGAGUCCUUCGCUCCUGCUCAGCUGCAGGCACCGAGUCACUCCGAUUCUUCAACUGGGCCCGGACCCACCACCCCACCUAUCACCCCACGACAUUAGAGCUCGAAGAGCUGGUGAAGACGCUGGCUCGCACCAAGAAGUACGAGUCAAUGUGGAAACUCCUCCAAUCUAUGCAAACCCAUCACGGCUUAACCCUCUCUCAAGAAACCCUUUGCUUCGUUAUCGAAGAAUAUGGCAACCACGGCCUUGUUGACCAGGCCGUUGAGCUUUUCAACCGAGCCCCCAAAACCUUUAAUUGCUUGCAGACCGUGGAGGUAUACAAUGCUCUGCUCUUCUCGCUUUGCCAAGCUAAGCUCUUUCAUGCUGCUUAUGCUUUGGUGAGAAGGAUGAUACGAAAAGGGCUUGUCCCGGAUAAGAGGACUUAUUCGAUUUUGGUGAAUGCUUGGUGCUCCAAUGGGAAAAUGAGGGAGGCCCAAUUGUUCUUGGAGGAGAUGAGCAGUAAAGGAUUUAAUCCGCCGGUUCGAGGGCGUGAUCUUCUCGUCGAAGGGUUGCUGAAUGCCGGUUACAUUGAGGCUGCUAAAGAAAUGGUAAGGAAAAUGGUUAAGGAAGGGUUUGUUCCUGAUGUUUCUACUUUCAAUUCGUUGAUGGAGGCUAUCUGUAAAUUUGGGGAGGUUGAGUUUUGCAUUGAUCUGUAUUGGGAAGCAAAUGGUUUGGGGCUUUGUCCUGAUAUCAAUACUUACAAGGUGUUGAUACCUGCGGUUUCAAAGGUGGGUAGGAUAGAUGAUGCAUUUAGGCUUUUGCAUAAUUCGAUCGAGGACGGGCAUAGGCCAUUUCCAAGCUUGUAUGCGCCUAUAAUCAAGGGGAUGUGCAGGAGGGGUCAGUUUGAUGAUGCAUUCUGCUUUUUUAGUGAGAUGAAAGUUAAGGGGCAUCGCCCAAACAGGCCUGUAUAUACCAUGCUGAUCACCAUGUCUGGGCGCGGAGGGAGGUUUGUUGAGGCUGCUAAUUACUUGGUGGAAAUGACUGAGAUGGGGUUGAUGCCGAUUUCGCGGUGCUUUGAUUUGGUUACUGAUGGGUUGAAGAAUUGUGGGAAGCAUGAUAUGGCUAAGAGGAUUGAACAAUUGGAAGUUUCUCUCCGGGGCACAUGA